AUGGGGGUUGUUAGCCUUGUCAUCUUCUGGGUGAGCACACUCGUGCCCUUCGUCCACGGUAGCUAUGUCCAGACACAAGCCCUCACCGGCUACGGCUAUUAUCCAUACGACCCCCUGUGUGCAGCGGCAUGCCUCCGGUCUCUCCAAGGCUACAUGCUGGGAUGUACCGAUAUGAGCGGCGGCGGCGACGGCAUGAUGAUGGGUAUGAUAUCGACACCCCCGGAGUGCUACGGGGAGGACACGCCUUACCUGACCUCGGUGGCCUAUUGCAUGAGCACCAAAUGCCAACGGGACAUCAAGUUCUCGCAGCUACAAUUGUUUUGGGAGGAGCAGAUCACCGGUCACCUCGAUAUCCCCCCUAAAUGGACCUACGAGCAGGCUCUCGCCCAUGCCGACCCCUUGCCGCCUCUGUAUCAGCUCACUAGCAAUGACACUAGUCUCAAUACUACCUCCAUAGUCAAUCCCGUGAUAUAUCUUGCGCAGCGGAAUGCUCUUUCCGCUGUCUACCGAGAAUCGGCCCUGGAGUCGACAUACAGAAACAGCAUUGCUCUUGUUGUCUUCGCAGUUGGCCUCCCUAUCGUCCUCACAUGCCUGAGCUACUUCCCUUUCGUGCCCACCAUUCUAGACAGGCUCAGGCCUUACCUCAUCUGGCCGAGCACUGUUGGUAAUUACCACGUCCAACCCCUGCCCUACUUGCUGGGCAAUGCCCCGACAGUCGGCCAAGGUAUCUACAUCGGCCUCUUCAUCGUCGUCAAUGUCAUCUUCUCCGCAAUCGAGUACGAGUCUCGACGGCCCAAUGCUUGGUUCGAAACCCAGUGGCGGGAGGUUAUGGCCUAUAUCCUCUACCGCUUCGGCGCCUUUGCCUUUGCCCUACUCCCCGUCGUCAUCCUGUUCUCGUCGAGGAACAACGUCCUCCUCUGGCUGACCGACUGGUCUCACUCCACCUACCUCCUGCUUCACCGCUGGGUCGGCCGCCUGUUCACCCUCUACGCCGUGCUCCACUCCAUCCUCGGCCUGAUGGUCUACGCAGAUUAUCAGAACACGGUGUGGUGGAUCUGGGGCGCCGUUGCCACCAUAACCUCCGUCCUCCUCGCGGUUGGCAGCGGCCUUUACGUGCGCAAAGCACACUACGAGCUCUUCCUGAUCUCGCACGUCCUGCUGACCGUCUUCACCAUCGCCGGAUGCUGGUACCACCUCAUCGGCUGGUACAACUCAAUGGGCAUGAACUGGCCGGAACACCACGCCGGCGGUUUCGAGGUCUGGCUCUACUUCACCUGCGCGCUGUGGUUCUUCGACCGCCUCGCCCGCGUCUUCCGCAUCCUGCGGCUGGGCAUUCGCCACGCCCGCGUCACCGACCUCUGCGACGGCAUCGUGCGCGUCGACAUCCCGGGGGUGCAUAUAGACGCGCAGCCGGGCACGCACGUCUACGUCUACUUCCCCACGCCUCACUCCCUCCAAACGACCCCCAGCACCGACAACGACAACAACGACACCCCCGACCUGGAAGCCCAAAAGCCCACCAUCACCACCACCCCCUCCAAACCCACCACCCCCCUCAAACCCACCCCCACUCCCAAAACAACACUAACCCUCCUCAUCCUCAAAUCCACCGGCCUAACCGCCCACCUCCACCCGCACCCCUCCCUCCCCACCCUCCUCGACGGCCCCUACCACAGCAGCACACCCCCCCUCCACCCUAACCACCACCACCACCCUCCGCUGGGUUGGUGGAUGCGCUGA